AUGAAAACAUUGUUUUCUGGAACUUCUGAAAUAAAUUCAAAAAAGGUCACAGCUGUAGAUUCUGAUGGUUCAGAACACAAUUCUUUAAGUGAUUUUAGUAGUGAUAACACACACUCUGAUCCAACAUGGGGACAAAUUAUCUUAAAUGAUAAAGAUAGUGAUGAUAAAUCUAUUUCACCAAAUAUUAUUGAGACAAAAAUACAAAAUGCAGGGCUCACACCAACAACUCAAAAAUGGAAAAUUAAUAACAUUAACGAAAAAGAAAAAACAGAAUUAGAACUUAACCUCCAGAGUCCUUUCAAAUCUCCAGGCAAAUGGAGUAUUCAAAGUGUUCCAAUAGACAGUACUAAAAGACCAACAACCAUACCAAACCAAACAACUACGGAAAGUGUGUUUAAAUCUUCUCAUGAAUUUCAAAAAUUUGUAUUUUCAUCUAUGACCCAUGUUAAAUAUGAUAUUGGUGCAAUUAUGCAUAUUGUGAAUGAUACAAAUAAAAAUGUACAAGCUUUAAUUGCUCAUUAUACCAAUAAAAAUGACAUGCUAACAACUACUAAUCAAGAUUUAGUUGACAUGAAUGUAUUCCCUGUACAAAAUGAUGAGGACCUUAAGAUUAUUGAAAAUAAAAUACAAGAAAGUGCCCGUUAUAGAAAUGAAUUGGUGUUUAAAUUAUCAUUGUUGGUUGACAGUACAAGUGUAAAUACCAGUGUGAGACGAAUCAUUGGACGUUUGUGUGAUGAUUCCAUUUUACUUAAUUACUCCUUAACUGGAUUUAAACACAAUUUGAGUUUUUCAAGUCUGAAAAUAUAUCGUGUCCUUAUUGAUGCUAUUAAGAGAAAUAUACAAUAUGCCAGUGUACCGGAUCAGAAUAUAAAUGCUCCGUUAAAAGUUUGGUUUGACCAUGCAAAAUUUCGAAAAGAAAAAGGCAAAAAUAAAAAUAAUACAUCAUAA